AUUUGCUUUGGUUUCGGCUCCGAUUCCGUGUCGGUGAGGCGAUCGUGGACGCGAUUAUUUUGUGUUUUCCCCCUCUCCGCUGGUCGCUGCAAGGGCUGCUGUUUUUACACGGCGUGCCAACAAAAAGGGUAGUUGGACUCUACCAGCCUUACCCAGAGGCAUUCCUGGUUACACUCGUCGCUUCGAGUGAGAAUCUGCUCCGCUUGCUGCGGUGCCACAUUGGAUGCUGUUUAUUUACGCAUGCAUCUGUGAUGAGCCAAUUAUUGCCAGGCUGGGCGAACUACCUUCGCAAAACGCACGGUUGUUCUCACUCAACAGUCGUCAGCAAAGCUCAACAUCUUCAUGAUUUCGUUUUUUUCUUUUCAAACCGUUCAGCCGAUUUCUAUCACCCAACGUAUUUCGUCCUUCAGAUCGCAUAACAGCUGUUGUAGUGCGCCACGGUGCGCUUUUUAUCUGCUCGAGGAGUCGGCAAUUAUUUGGAUGGGGAUUUGCUCAGUGGUCGGAUGCCACCGUCGAAACAAAUAUUAUCGGUGUCCGCUUGGACCAUCUUUAGGUGGCGUUCGUGUAGGAAGAGAGAGAGAGAGUGUGUGUGACGGAAGGACAGACGGAAAGUGGAAAUGGAACUGCCAAAUCAUGCCAAACAACUGCUGCUCCAGCUCAACCAGCAGAGAGCCAAGGGCUUUCUGUGUGAUGUCAUCAUCGUGGUGGAAAACGCCCUUUUCCGUGCCCACAAAAACAUUCUGGCCGCAAGCAGCAUCUACUUCAAGUCUUUGGUCCUUCAUGAUAAUCUCAUCAACCUGGACACGGAGAUGGUGAACCCCUCUGUGUUCCGGCAAGUUCUGGACUUCAUCUACACUGGAAAGCUUUUGUCCACGUCAGACCAGAGCAGUGAGCAGAACUUUAGUGCCCUUUUGACCGCAGCCAGCUACCUCCAGCUUCACGACCUCGCUGCUCUGUGCAGAAAGAAGCUCAAGCGCAAUGGUGGGAAACCCCUGCCAGGCAAACCUGCCACUCCAAGCCCCCUUAGCCGCUUACGCCUCAGCAACCAGCGACUUUCCUCGUCCACUCCUGCUGGCCCAAAUAACCACUACCCUCACACUCCUUCUGAAGCUGACCAGACACAGCCGGACGAAGGCCUUCGGGACAAGCUCUCAGAUGAUGAAAUGUUUGUCGGCAGCUCUGCAAAGAAUGUGGGCAAUGGCAGCAGCAACGGUAACCUCAGCAGUGGAGGAAGUGCAGGCGAGCCAGAUCUUGGAUUAGACCUGACAAAGAAAAGUCCUCCCUCUGCCGGCAUUGAUGCUCACAGCCCUCACAGCAACUCCCAAGAAUCCCCUCAAUCUGCCUCAGUAUCCACAACCAACAGUGCCUCUCUGGACGACUCCUCGACCACAUUAACAGGUGCAGAUCUUUGUGGCUCAGAUCCCCUUGAACUGAACUCUUCUAAAGCUGAGGAAGCCCAGUCAGAUGGCCCGCCGCCUCAGAAAAAAACCCGACAGUGUGCACGGAAGAAUGAGUGGCCGAAGAAGGAAGCAUCUGGCCUGAAGUCUGAAGACCAUGAUCGGCCUCUUGUCAAUGGGGUUAUAGUGGGCCCUAAAGAUGGCCGUGGCGUCGGAGGGGGCAGUGGCAACUUUGCAUCUGAGCAUUGUAAAGAUGAGGAAGAGGCAGCAGAGAAUGGCCAGGACCACAGUGAGGAGAGUGGACAGAGCGAUGGAGAAACUGCCGGGGGCGGUGGAGUCACCGGAGCUGGUCGCCGCAACGCUAACUACGUGUACCGCCAGGAAGGUUUUGAACCCGCUUUUGGAGACAACCUCUAUGUGUGCAUUCCCUGUGGCAAAGGGUUCCCCAGUUCAGAGCAGCUCAACGCUCACGUCGAAACACACACAGAGGAUGAGCUCUUCAUCAAAGAGGAGGGAACGUAUGUGAAAGAGGAAGAUGAGGAAGAGGCAGAAGACCUCUCUGCGCCCGUAGGUCCUUCUAACUUUGGCUCUGAAGCGCGCCCAUUCAAGUGCACAGUCUGCAGUAAGAGCUACAAAGACCCAGCAACGCUCAGGCAGCAUGAAAAGAGCCACUGGCUCACCAGGCCUUUCCCCUGCAACAUCUGUGGCAAAAUGUUCACCCAGCGUGGCACCAUGACACGCCACAUGCGAAGCCACCUUGGCCUCAAGCCCUUUGCAUGUGAGGAGUGCGGUAUGCGCUUUACACGCCAGUAUCGCCUGACGGAGCACAUGCGUGUUCACUCUGGAGAAAAGCCCUAUGAAUGCCAGCUAUGUGGGGGGAAGUUCACCCAACAGCGCAACCUCAUCAGUCACCUGAGAAUGCACACCUCACCCUCUUAAAAUGCAUCAAGCCAAAGAACUCUGGGAAUAGAUGAAACAACAUUUCUCUACCUUCUUUUCUUCAGAAAAACAAAGAUGCACACAUGUACACAGUCACCUGCAGACUCUCUGAUAAAAGUCCAGUUUACAGUGCCCAGGCGAUGAUGUCGCCACCAUGGGCUCCCGGUGGUGGUGGUGGAAUCACCGUCGUCAUUUAUAUCAAGUGACAUCCGUUUACCUCUCAGGAGUUUCAGAGGGACGCCCGAUGACUCUGUCCCUCUCCAAAGUCACAAAGCCAUGGUGAAGUGGCGCGACUUCUGGUCUGCUUUAUAAGUCUGUUUAAUGUGAAUGUGGGUACUGAUGUAUUGUCAAGCCCCCUCACCUCACACCCCUCAACAGCCUUUCUCACUUCUACCCUUUGGGCGGUGAGUGUUUUUUUUGCUGAUGGAGUGCUCAGUGCUCCAAAUGCUAUUUUGACCAAAAACCCAUGAACCAAUACUGGCAAUAAUUCAGACAGAGUAUUUUUACUCCUACAGCUUUAUAUCCUAAAUGUUAGCGACGGGGACCUGCGUGUACGAUGAGGGGUUCGGGACCAUCUUCAUGCUUUAACUGAAAGUACUGAUUUUUUUUUUUUUUUUUUUUUGUGGAGGAUUGACAUGGUAAUGUUUAGUUUCAUGGAUUAUGCAUACUGAAUGUCCUCUCUCUGCUGUUCUAAAGAGGAUGGAUUUAGUUCUGCCUGUUGGGGGAGCUAUGCCUGGUCAGAACCCCCUCGAGGUACUUGUUUUACUUAAAGAGCUUGUAAUGUUUCGGUGAAUGUUUAAACUGGAAGGUCUUUGGAUUUUACUUGUGGAGGGAUAGGGCCGGUGAGUGGGGGGUGGGGGGUAGUUUAAAAUUGGGGUGUUUUUGGACUGAACAGUACGAUCAGUCGGUACGUUUAUUUUUUUUGUUGCCUGUAUAGCUUUCCUCCCAUUACAAAAAAGAAAGUCUAUUUAUAUGGGCUUGUGACCUCGCUACCUCUGAUUACUCUUACGAACUCUGUUGAUUAGUCGAAAGUUUCUAUGUAAUUAAAUGUAAAAAGUGUGUAGAUUAUGGUAACUUUUCACCUUAAUGCUUUAACCCGCCCAUCUCUCAACACAGGUUUUUAAUGCUCACGUUGCUUCGGGCUUGUCGAAAAUAGCUUUUUAUUCUUCCGGGCCGCCGACUUCGCGUGGCAGCCACCUCCAUAACAUACCACAGUUUCCUCCAUGGUGCAAAGAGUAGUUUCUCUAGAUGUAUAGCGUUCCAAAGAUCUUAUGAAUGUUGAGGAGAACAGAGCUAACUAACGCGUGUUGCUAGACAAGUUCAUAACCAAAGUUUUAAAAAGAUGUACUUAAGAUAUUUAGCAUACUAAAUUAUUUCACUUUUGAUUUCUUUUUUUGCUGUAAAAAAUAUGAAUUAUAUUCUUACAAAGAAAACCCACCUGUGGGAGGGAGCUUUGGCAUCCGAGACCCAGAUGGUUCUUGAGGUUUUUAUGUUGCAAGGAAAAGCUUGUGCUGAUUGGUGGGCAGGUGUGACGUCAGGCUUUACCAGCUAAAGAAAUCGGUAAAGGUUAAAAAGUUCGCUGGGCGUUAUUUGUUUUGUUUGUUUUCCUGAGUCCUUAUCACUUUAUAUUCCUUGACUUUAAAAGGAGGACUUGUAUGCGUUCUUUUCAGACCAAAAACAAGAAAAAAGGUUUUAAAAAUAAGAAUUAUAAUCAAAAUUUUAAUGUGAAUUUGCUUGUUUAGUUUCUUUUCGUUAUUUCUGAGCCAGACGUGUAGAAACUUGUCAUCUGACGGCAGGGGCACCGAUGCACUGGACUGCUCAUUAGGCAACAUUUUGGGUAAUAUUCCACUUCUGUAUCACUCAUUUACCCUGUUGAAGCCGUUCAAAUGCAACAUCCUUGUUGCUUGAGUUUCAUUUCGACAAACCCUGCAAGUGCUCCUUAUUCCCUAUGUGCAUGCCGCUCAUACUCUCACUCACAGUAUUAAAAACAAGUGGUAGCGUUUAGCUUUCUGUUAGUGCCCCUUAUGCCUGGUCAAGACAAGCAUGCUGCAGUGUCUAUGUUGCCUGAGCGUGUCCAGCGUAUCGACUCCUGCCACUUACACCGUGGAGCAUGACCCUUCACUGCAAGAUUUAUUUUGGAUAUAGGCAUUCCUUUAUUAUGUUUAACUACUUUUGUUGCUAAUUUUAAAAUUCCUCUUUUUGUCCUCAUGCUCUGUGAAAUAUUUAUCAUAUAGAUGCAGCUACACUUCUACAAAUAUCACUACUUUUUUGUCUCCAAGGUACCUUCAUCCUGGACUCCUAGAAUUGUUACUUGGUUUUGUUGGAUAUUGGUGUCUUUUUUUUGUUGAAUUGCAUGGUACAUAAGUAGAUUUGUUCACGCUCCCCUCAACCACGAAGAUGUUAUUUAUCACCGGAUCCAUUGUUGGGCGUGCGGCGGGGUCCACAAUGCUUUUGCCUUCAAACAUUAUUGUACCUGUGGGCACGUGAUGCAGUUACAGCAGAAUGUCUGUUCAUGCAAAAUGGUGUUUAAUUUUGUAAAAGAAAGCAAAAGCAGAUCACUGCAAAAGACUUUGCAGCUGCAUUUGAAUGCUCGCUUGUUUGAAGAAAACUCCAAACUGUGACCAUACUACUACUUCUAGUACUACUAUACAAAUACUUCAGGGAUCGUUCUGCAUCUGUGAAUGCAGACUCUCAGCUACAUUUGUAUGACAUAGUAUUGUAUCGAUUUCUGUGUUGUAAAUCAUGGGAAGAAGCAAAAACACUAGUUUCAUAUUUAAAAUAAAGAGGGGGGUACUUUUUCAACUAACACAAAGAGCCUUGACAAAGGUGAGGCAGCUCUAACCAUGUCUACAUUUAGCUAGUGGCAACAGUACAUUCAUAAAUGCUUGUAUAAAGAACUACAAAAAAAAAAGCUCCUACCCAAAUCCACAAACUAUUUUUUAAACCAAAGCACAUUUGAAUGAUUAUGGAACCAUUUGUGGCUCUGAAAAGAAAAGAAACAUGUAUUUAUCUCAUUGUUUACAUAAACUUUUACAGUUUAACAGACCUCAGUGGAGGCUCAGCCAGCCGGGGCGGUGGGCUUGUGUGUUUCUGUGUCCACAGAGCUUGCUGCCAAAACAAAAGCAUCACAGCUAACCUAACGUGGGGUGAACUGCUGCAUAUUCAAUAAGGGGAGGGGUGUGCUGUUUAGGUGCACUCCCCCACCCUUUGCCAGCUGGCUUUGGGGUGACCCCAUGCCCCAGUCCCCCUGCCCUCUGGCCUGUCUUAAGAUGUGAGUGCAGGGAUGGGGGUGGGCAGUGCGUCCUUGAUGUAUCACUCAAAAGGCAUUGUUAGUCAGGGUCCUUGGCUCAAUGUUUAUCUGUGUUUACCCAAAUGCACUUGAGGACGUCUCUUGUGUCCAAGGGCUCGGCAACUCUUGAAUGGUAGGGGGUCGUUGUCUUCUUUCACUGAUGCUGGCAGUUCGUAUAAACCUAUCUGGAGAAUGUAGCUUUGAAUUGUCCUCUGCAUGUAAACGGCCUGGUAGUCUUAACUGUGAACGUCCUUCUUCGGUGAUACCUUCUGUCCUGUGUUCUUUCUCUGGCUGCGCAAAACACAAACCUGUCUGGCUGAGCCUCAAACCAAGUUGGUGCAAACACUUAUUGACAGUGUUCCUUUUUUUUUUUUUUUUUUUUUUAUCAAAUGUCUAUUGUCAGUGAUGAAUGUAUUUAUUUCUGGUCCUGCCGGCACCUCCACAAAGAAUUUGCUCAGAGUGUGAGACUGAGGUGGAAGCAGGAACCCUUUUUCUAUGUUAUGUUUUGAGGAUUUCAAGCUGAGAAUCAAAAAUGAGAAAAAAAAACAUAGCCAUUAACCUCUGACUGUGUAUUGUUUGUUCAUUCAAUGGAGAUCAGACUUGUCUGUAUAUUAAUUUGGCAUCAUUAAAUUAAAUGUGAAGUUAAACCUACAAAUAUUUCGCAUUUCUUUUCGACCACAUGCUAAUUGCUAGUUAAUGUUUUAAAGAAACCUUGGUUUUUCUGUCCGAGUGGCACACACAAGUGAACUCACUGUCAUCCUAGAUCUGACUUUUAUUACCUCUUACCACUUAGAAAUUCACAUUUGUGCGUUCCAUUGUUGCGCCAUUACUCAGCUGGCAUAAAAUCUUCUACAUUCGUUUGUGCUGUCGAUGAAAAUUUUUGGUUUUAUUUGCGUGUUAUUUUCACUAAACUCUGAGUCUCCAUUGAUGGAACAAAUGAAACGCAGAUCAACUUCAAUCUGUGGAUCUUUUUAAUUAUCGCGGGAUAACUGUUUUUUAAAUCUCAAUAAAAUGGUUUAUGGCAUUGAAUAUCCACUCAGUUUUCACGCUGUAUGAAUUAAACGUCAUGUGUUUCGCGGUGGGUUUGCUGGUGAGCAUGUCAACCCUCUUCCGUGUAGAUGCAGGCUGGACGGUGACCCUCCUGCCCCAGACUGUAUCUCUUCAAGCUUGCUCUGCCUGGGUGUUGCCACGCUGCUGCCAUUUCUACAAAAGUACAUAUUCACUCUGAUCAAUAUGUACAUAUCGCCUCAUUGUCACAUGUAGUGUUACUCUUAAACCUCUUCUUCCAUGAGUAGAUGCUCUUUUCUCGAUGUGGGAGGAGUCGGUUGGGUUUAGAAACACUUGAGUAAGAUAGCUUUACUAAGUGCACUUUGUAUGUUUCUUAAAUCCUCCUUGGAGGUGGGGUCCCAUGGGGGCCGCACUCGUAUCACUUCCUAACCCUUUUCUCUCUCGACUUACCUCAUGUUGUGUGUUUAGUUGUUGUAUCAUAUCAGUAUGCAGUGUUACAAAGCUUUAAGAUGACUGUACAAACUCCAAGUUGUUGUUACUCAUACCCUUCCAGGCAUUUUCACUUGUAGACAGGCUGGUUUGUCCAGUUUCUUACCAAAGCCAGUUUUUUUAAAUGGCCUUGGUGCCAUCAACUGCUUUAUUGUCUCUUCACUCUUACAGCCCCUUCUUCAAAUAUCCUGCUUGAUUGGCAGCCCACGCCUUUCUGCAUCAUGAAAGAAACAGCAAAUUACCUCGAAUAACUUCAGUGUUUACAGUCUACCAUGCCAUUACCUCAACAUUCACACUACUUUGUUUUUGCCGUCCAUUUCUAACCCAUGAUAUCUGAAGAAGCAUGCUCUUGGUUUAAACAUGGGCGUCAUGGCUACGUGACACGGACAGACACUUGCUGAAAUGGAAACCAACUGGCAACAUCAUGCAGUUUUUACUCUCCUUCAUUUGUAGCAGUUUCAAUAUUUCAGACUUUCAUUUCAAAUAAAAACACGGAUGUUGAAGUGGGAAAUUUGUAAAAUGUAUAGAAUUUUCUAAAAACUACAUAUUUCAUCUUUUCAACAUGUACAAUUUCACUUCCUGUUGACAAUGAAAUGCAAAACAACUGUCCGUGUGAACGUAGCCGGUGUGUCACACUAACGUGCAGGACUCUUUCACUGCGAAUUAACAACUUGCUGCUAGGAAAAGUUACUUGAAAUUGGGAUUAGUUUCGAGGCCCCAAGGCGGGCCUAACAAACCUGCUCUGUUUUCUUGAGGACAAGCUGCUUAAUAAUGUAUCCAAGAGGCUCCGGAAUGGGCAUGCAGGGUAUUAGCUGUUGAAUAAUGAAAGGGCGAGGUGCCCUCCCUUUUGUCAAACACACUUUGUGAACGCCCAUCGUUAGCGCUUGUUAUACAGCCUUGCGAUGCCAGCGUCUAGACACUAAAUGCGCAUCAGUAUUGGCAUGUGAUGACUCUGAGUGGCUUUUGGCAGCACCCAGGCAGGGCUUUCUUGGUCUCCACUCCUCUGAAAAACGUGUAUUCAGGUCAGAGUCUCCGCUGAGCGUGGAGUGAUGAGGCUCGCAGAAAUUCAAAGUGUCAUAAAAGUGUAAUACAGCUGACCUCAGCACUCAUAACUUUGCAGUCUUAAUGUACAGCAGUGAGGAGAAAUAAACUGUUAUUUUAUGAUCUUUUCAUUAAAAGCUUGAUUGAAAACCAAAUCUGUGACUUUUCUUUCUUUGUUUUAGAGAAACUGGUCCUGAUCUUGUGUCUUUGGGGGGGUUAAAUCUGUCAUAAGAUAAUGACUACGUAAAGAGGGUAGAUCGACAUAUACGUCAAAACGGUGCUUCAAAUGCUUUUAUUACAUGUUCAUUAAGCAGUUGCUUCCUAAAGCUUUUGGCUAACAACUGAAUUUUCUAACCCAACAUGUAGGGGAUCAUA